AUGGCUUCAAACAGGGAUAUCAUCCAGACACCUGGCAUCGCCGAUGGCAUCGCGCCGUCGCACACUUACGUGCCCAACGAAGGCUACGUGAACACCGAUAAUGCAGACUCCGCUGAGGCGGGGCAAUAUCUGCCCGAUGACCAGGAAGAGGAUGAGGACGAGGAGUACUACGACGACAUUUUCGACGAAGAAUUGGAUCGCGAAGACAUUCUUUCAUCCGAUAACAGUGAUCUUACCAAAGCCUACAACCGCCAACGCCGAAUCAACGACCUCGCUGCCGAUUCCAAUGCGCCGAGAUGGACCUACCCCAAAACGAACACCCAGAAGCCUACCGUGAAUACAUCUGCGUCCAUCGAUGACCAGGUCAAGUCUCUCACUCGUCAUGCUGCGAAGAUCAAGUUGGACGAUCAGCAGGCUGGCAUUUCAGGCCACAGCGGCAAGGGUGGAGAUAAGGCAGACCGAGCCACGUCGGAACAAGUGCUGGAUCCCCGUACGCGAAUGCUUCUUCUACAGAUGAUCAACAGAGGCCUUGUAUCUGAGAUUCACGGAUGUCUGUCGACCGGAAAGGAAGCCAACGUCUACCAUGCCAUGUCUAUCUCGCAAGAUGAUGAGGAGGCUGCCCCGCUGCACCGUGCGAUCAAGGUUUACAAGACUAGUAUCCUGGUGUUCAAGGAUCGCGAUAAGUACGUGACUGGAGAGUUCCGUUUCCGUCAAGGAUACAACAAGAGUAACAACCGCGCCAUGGUCAAACUCUGGGCCGAGAAGGAGAUGCGAAACCUGCGACGAAUUUAUGCUUCCGGCAUUCCCUGCCCGGAGCCGAUCUUCCUUCGUCUGCACGUUCUCGUCAUGGGAUUCAUCGGUAGCUCUAAGGGUCUGGGCGCACCGCGCCUCAAGGAUGUGGAAUUCAAUAUCCCUGAACCCGAGACUCGCUGGCGUGCUCUGUAUAUGGAAUUGCUGGGCUACAUGCGUGUUAUGUACCAGACCUGUCGUCUGGUGCACGCCGAUCUUAGCGAGUACAACAUCUUGUACCACAAGGAACGUCUCUAUAUCAUCGAUGUCAGUCAAAGUGUUGAGCACGACCACCCGCGCAGUCUGGAAUUCUUGCGCAUGGAUAUCAAGAACGUCAGCGACUUCUUCCGCCGAAAGAACGUAACGGUUCUCUCCGAGCGAACUGUGUACCAAUUUAUCAUCUCCCCCGAAGGGCCGACUGAUGUCACGGCUGGAAACGAGGAGAUGACCAACGCAAUUGAGAAGCUCCUCGUUGCCCGCGAGGAGGGUAACGAUGAGCAGCACGAGGCAGAGGAUGCCGACACUGCUGUGUUCCGUCAACAAUAUAUUCCCCAGACACUAGAGCAAGUGUACGAUGUCGAGCGUGAUGUCGAACGCAUUCGCGAUGGCGAAGGUGCCGAUCUGGUCUACGGAGAUCUGCUGGCUAGCAAAAAGAAGCCCACCGAUGUUGAGGAGGACUCUGAGUCCGAUGCAAGCGGCGGUGUCUCAGUCUCAGGAUCUGAUUCGGAUGAAGAAGAGAUAGAUCCAUUCGCGCCCAAGCCGCCACGCGGAAAGCGUUUCGAAGACAAGGACUCCAAACGCGACCACAAGGCAAAGGUGAAGGAAGAGAAGCGUGAGAAGCGGGCGAACAAGAUGCCGAAGCAUCUGAAGAAGAAACUUAUUUCUACAUCUGCGAGAAAGAAGAGAUGA